GCCUCAUAAAAAUCAUAAACAAAUAAAACUUUUGUAUCAAACAAACCAUGUAUUCAAACGAUUAGAUUGUAUUAAAUAUCAUAAACACUAAUCAUAACUACAAUUAAUAGCUUUCGGUGACAAUAAACAUGUCGUUUGUGUCGAGAUGUAUGCGAAAUAAGGCGUUAAUCGUAAGUAAAUGUAAUAAUAGUUUGCGUUUUCAAUGCAAUAGCCAUAGGUUUGCAGUGAAAGACAAACCCAUUAAUAGUCCCAUAAUUAGCGCUCAUUUACGGCCAAACAAUCAGUCAUUUAGUUAUCAUAAGUAUAUGAAGUGCUCUCAGAGUCAGAGGUUUAUGUCAAAUGUCACCCAAAAGUCGUCGCAAACCGAUGACAACAGCGCUUCCGACGACAGCAAACAGCCGGCGACUGAAGAGGAGGACGAGUCGGUGUCCCGAGAGUUGAAGAGAUCAACGGAAAGCAAGUUUAGGAAGUAUUCAGACGACGACUCGCAAGUGAUAUACGAUGUGUCCGAAGAACUGGACGAAGAGAUCUAUUUGUAUCAACAAAAGCCUAAGAACUUUGAGGCGAAGUUGGAAGCGAUGGACACCGAGAGGGGUGUGAAUGGGGUCUUCGAUAUCCACCAAUUGGUUGAUUUGUUGCGAUCGGAAAACCUCAGAGACAUCGCUGUCAUAGAAGUGCCCGAAGAACUCAAUUACUGUCAGCACCUGGUCUUAGUCACCGCCAAAUCCCAGCGCCAGAUAAAUGCGUUUAUGGAGUACUUCAACAAAGUCUACAAAAUGAAGAAACACCGAAAGGAUCCCUUCCUCGACAUCGGCGGCAAUGACGCCAUCGACUGGAAAGUGGUAGACAUGAAGAACAUUGUAUUGCAUGUGUUUCUGGCGAAGACGCGUGAGUACUACGACAUCGAGACUCUGUGGACCGUUGGCUACGAGUUUGACGACAAGAUUCAGAGACCAGAAGCCGAUACGACGAUCGAUAUUAUGGAGAAACACAUGAAAUACUUGGAGACCAUUAAACCCCUGAAGAACUACUGA